CAAUGGCGCGCGUGCGCUCGUUAACGCAGCAAAAGCAAACUUGACCUUUGGCGUUUUGGAGGCGGCGGGCGGACCAAUGGGACGGCGCGGCGCGCGGCGGUCAGCCCGCUCGUCCUCGGCGCCCCGCGACCACUCUCAACUCGGACUGCGACCGCUCGCUCGUCGCUUCCUCUCCUCGAAACUCGUUUUGUCGCUUGUCAACCUUUGGCGGCAACUUUGUUCCCGUUUCGUCGGCGCCAUGAAGACGCCGCGCAUCUUCAUCAUCGCAACGAUGAUGACGAUGACCACAAAGCUGACCUCGGCCGCAGACGAGACGUGCGCCGGCCGCUGCGGGUCCUUCGAGCCGCUGAGGAAGUGCCAGUGCGAUUCCAUGUGCCUUUACUACGGAAGCUGCUGUCCCGACUUUGACCGACUGUGUCCCAAGAAGACGGCGCGCGGUGACACCUUUGAAGAAGCCCAAGAGGACCGGAACACGUCGGAGACGCCGGUCCACGUGUUGGGCCCAAGCGCGCCGCCGCCGCCGUUCUCCUCCGGCGCGCCGCCGCCGUUCUCCUCCGGCGCGCCGCCGCCGUUCUCCUCCAGCGCGCCGCCGCUCACCUCCGAGCGGCCCGAACCUCCCCCCGCGGCGCCGCCUGCCGACCGAGACGCGGACGUCUGCAGCGCGCGGCCCUUCGACGCCUUCCUGCAGCUGAAGAACGGAUCUGUGUACGCCUUCAGAGGCCAUUAUUUCUUCGAGCUGGACGACAAGGCCGUGCUGCCCGGCUACCCCAAACGGAUCGCCGACGUGUGGGGCGUGACGGGGCCCGUGGACGCCGCCUUCACCCGCAUCAACUGCCAGGGCAAGUCGUACAUCUUCCAGGGAAGGAAGUACUGGCGCUUUGACGGCGACGUCUUGGACGAGGGCUUCCCCCGGGACAUCGCCGAGGGCUUCCGCGGCAUCCCCGACGACCUGCACGCCGCCUUCGCCGUGCCGGCGCCCAAUCACCGGCAAAGGGAGAAGGCCUACUUCUUCAAAGGCGAUCGCUAUCACGUGUACGAGUUCGUCAACCAGCCCGGCCACGGCGACUGCGUCCGCAUGAGUCGCUCUUCGCCGUCGCUCUUGUUCUCGCGCUACACCGACCUCUUUUGUGACCAAAGUCUGGACGACCUUUUCGCCACGCUCUUUGGGGCCGCAGGCGGCCGCCGGUCGCCGGGGCCGCACCUCAUCGGCCGCGACUGGGCGGGCCUCGUCCCCCCGGUGGAUGCGGCCAUGGCGGGGCGCGUCUUCCUCAGCCCCGAGCCCGCGCCGCCAAAGUCGCCGCCGUUCGCCCGGAGGCGAAACCAGCACAGGCGGCGGAAGUCCCGACGCAGGCAAAGUCGCCAAGCGCCGUUCGACGACUUCUGGAGCGACUUGUUCGACGACGGCGAAACGUCGCAAGAGGAGGUCGCCGUGGCGGCGCCGCCGCCGCCGCGAGGGCAAACGCCCGUUCAAUACGUCUACUUCUUCAAGAGAGAUGGCUACUACCGGGUGGACCUGCGCAGCAAACGCGUGGCGCCGGCCGCGCCGCCUUACCCGCGCUCCAUCGCCGAGUACUGGCUGGGUUGCCCGCGGGAAGACGCUCCUGACGCCCCGCGCGUCGAGAGGAGAUGAAAAGGCGCAGCGAACGGCGUCGAACGCUUCAGCCGAUCGACGGGCCGCAUCAUCCGGACGAACGGCGCCUGACUUCCGCAUUCGGCGCGCCCCCUGCUGGACCGACGUCGUCCGAGCUAUUGAAAUAAACUCAAUCGCACCGCCCGACGUCCUCCGCCUGCUGUGUGCGCGCGCGCGACAAAAGCGGACGAAAAGGCACCGCUG